CGUCGCCCCACCACAUCCAGUCGUACUGCGAAUGCCACGCUGUGUGCUUCGUAUUCGCGGUAUUUCGGUACUUUUCGUUCGUUCCAACAAAUCGAACCUCGUUGUGUUUAACCCGUGAUCAUCGAUGAGAUACGCGUCGUACGAAUCGUCGUUAGACUGACUCGAUAUCCCAGGAAAUACGAGGUUCCUCGUUCUUUCGAUGGUUUAUAGUUUUUUCGACGGUUAAUUCUGCCACUGUUUAUCGGUUUCGUUUCUCACGUUCUCUAACCGUAAGCGUGUGCCACGAGACGUUCGAAGGGCAAAUAUACCGAUGAUCGAGGUAAUCUUUCGCCGUUUACGAUAAUCUCGAAUUAAGGAGAGUGUGGAAAGUGCGCAAAGCCGAAGGAAUCGCGAUGCGACAGCGCCGGGUGAUGCUCCAUUUGCACCGGCAACGGCAACAGAAAGGACAAGACGUUCGAAGAGCAAGAUAGACGGAAAUAGAAGGUUUUGUAAAGAAACAAGUUGGCUCGUGGUUAGAUAGGAUCGUGGUUAAUUCCGAAACGGUCGGGUAGGGGGACGCUGUCAUUGCUGUUUGAACAUUUAAAACUAGCGCGCGUUUUACCGGAACACUCGUGUUCUGAUUGGUGGCACCGUUUGUUGUUUACCAACGUCAGUGUGCGGUCAAACUGGGAACCUCGAUUGCUCUAAGGAGAGAAGGAGGGAUAAAAAAGGAGAGAAAGAGUCACGAGCGCGUUCCUUGAAGGUAAUAGAGAGAUAGAGAAAGAGAGAGAGAGAGAGAGAGAGAGAGUGUACAGGAGAAACGCGUGCUCUCGUGCGAGAUAAAAGAAGAAGAGGGAGAAGAAGGAACGAGUCUAAGAAAGAGAGGUAAGCAAUAACGGGCAAGUGGGCGCACGAGAUGCAUUCCAGAUGGACGAUGACGCCGCACAGUCUGUAAGACUCGCGUGGUUUCUCCAUUGUAUCGCGUUUAUCCGUGAUUGCCGUGUCAGGACGUAUCGACAAUCUUUGGGCGGGUUAUGACGCGCGCUUAACGCGUUGCGUGUGCACGAAUAGAAGCGAGAGCGUGUGUCGAUCCUGUGUACAACAUGGAGUCCGACACGGCGACCGACUGGUCGUCGCCGAGAAAAGGCUCCCUCGAGACAUCGAUGCCGAGGAAAUUCCGCAAGGAUUCCUGUCGAGGAACCGAGGGUGCAACACUCAAUUGGGCGAUGUGCGCCCUCUGUAUUACCAGCUUGGCCGUGUCCGGUCUGCUGAUGUACAGGGAACUGGGAUUGGAGUCGAGGAUCGCCAAUUUGGAAACUCGUUGUCAGCUUCAAGAAACGCCGGACGUUCUUAUCCAGAGGCUGAAGAGGGAAGUUCAGGAACAGUUGGAGGUGCAGCGGUCUGCGUUGGAGACGAGCGUGUUUCGGAUCAAACGAGACGUUUCGGAGUGCAACUGUCCACCAGGUCCUCCCGGUGAGCCUGGAAAACGAGGGAAAAAAGGGAAAAAGGGCGACCCUGGGGAGCCAGGCCCGCAGGGUGUGGCCGGGACGCCGGGCAAGAACGGUUUUCCGGGACCUAUUGGGUUAGAUGGACCAAAAGGUGAGCCGGGGCGACCGGGAGAGAAAGGGCAGAAAGGAGAGCUUGGCAGUCCCGGGUUCGACGUCUUUUCCGCAGUAAAGGUCAAUGCACAGGGAUUAGGGUUAAAGAGGUCGGUGACGACGCUCCGCGGCGGGACGCUUGGCUAUGCGGAAAUCGUCGCUCUGAAGGGAGAGCCAGGCGAGCCUGGACCACCGGGGCCACCCGGUCCUCCGGGUGCCGAGGGUCUUCCCGGCCACGAGGGAAGGCAAGGAGCUCCGGGUGACGUUGGGCCGCCGGGUGAAAAGGGAACACCGGGAUCGAGUGGGCCGAUUGGUCCGCCUGGUACACCGGGACUUCCGGGUCCUAAGGGUGACAAGGGUGAUAGAGGCGACCGAGGUAUAACAACGUCUUUGAACGGGGAACCAUUUGCAACUGGAGUAUUCGAAGGACCCCCUGGUCCACCAGGACCACCUGGGCCCCAGGGCGAGAAGGGGGAGCUGGGUCCGACGGGACCACCCGGUCUGCCGGGAGAGAAGGGUGCCCGGGGAAAGCAAGGGAAGAGGGGUUUCAAGGGUGAGAGCGGUGUGGCAUUGAUGAGAGGCCCGCCCGGUCUGCCGGGUCCAAAGGGUGAUCCCGGGGAACGGGGUUACCGAGGCGAUAAAGGAACCAAGGGAGACACGGGCUCACCAGGGCCAAAGGGAGAGCAAGGACAUCCUGGUUUACCUGGACUCAAUGGAACGGAUGGGGAGACUGGUAUACAGGGUCCUCCAGGAUUGCCAGGAAUUUCUGGACCCAAAGGUGAAAAGGGUGACUACGGAGAUAUCGGACCUCCAGGACUUAUGGGGCCACCAGGUUUGCCUGGUCCACCGGGUUAUCCAGGGUUGAAGGGUGAAAAAGGGGAGAAAGGUGAAUCGAAAUACAAGAAGCUCAGGAGAAGGCAGGGUGACGGCACGUUUGAAGUAAACGCUGGUGAAGUGAUAAUGGGACCACCGGGACCACCAGGCCCAGCUGGCACUCCUGGCCUCCAAGGUCCACCUGGCAUAAAAGGCGACCGAGGACACGAUGGUGCCAAAGGCGAUCCUGGAGAGAAGGGUGCCAAAGGAGAUCCUGGUCCAAUGGGACUACCCGGCCCCAUGGGACUGAGAGGAGAGUCCGGAAAACCCGGGGAUGCCGGGAAACCUGGUGCCAUGGGGCCACCAGGAUUAGACGGCAUGAAGGGUGCACAAGGAGAACCAGGGACAAAGGGAGAAAGAGGGGAUCCUGGCCUACCUGGUACCGAUGGAAUUCCUGGCGCGGAGGGACCGAAGGGAGAGAAAGGUGCUAAAGGCGAAUCUGGACCGCCGGGGAAACGGGGUAGGAAAGGCGACAAAGGCAACAAAGGGGAUCAGGGUGUACCAGGCCUCGAUGCUCCCUGUCCAUUAGGGGCCGACGGACUUCCGCUGGCAGGAUGCGGUUGGAGGCCACCCCAGCAGGACAUCACUAGCACCUCGAUACCAGCUGUCGAAGGUCCUGAGCCUGCAGAAACGGAUUACGAGGAGCCGGAAGAGGAAUACGAGGAGUAUACGGAUCCGAAUGGAAACCUAGCCGAGCAAUAAUCGCUCGUUGUGCGCUGCCCUAAUCACUACCAACAACCACCACUACCACCACCACUACUAUCACCAAAACUACAACCACCAAAACAACCACCACAGCCAUCGCCCUCAUCACUCGUCUCACCUUGCUCUCCCAAACUAACGUGGUCCUGAGAAGAAGGAACAUCCUUCACGAUUGGCUGGAAGAGGAGGCGCAAAAGGAGGAAGGGCAGUGAUACAAGUUAAGCGGUGAAAGAAGAUAGUACAUAUUUUCGAGGACCUGUGUGCGUAUACUCCAUCGUAGAAAGGAAAAGAGAAAAAAGAAAAAAAAGAAGAAAAAA